AAACUCGUAACUCGUUUUCAACGACUCUUUCAUUUUCAACAUUCUUUCUUUAUCUCUGCCUCGAACCAUCUCUCUUAUUUCAUUUUUCUCUCUGUUUUUCCUUUCCUUUAAAACCCUUAAACACCAUCUUCAUAAUUGGCUGAGUUUAGCUUCCAAAGUUUUGAAAAAAGCUCAGUUUGGUCCUUCUUUUUUCUUCCUGACUCUGUUUUUUGGUCAUCUUUUUAGCUGAUUCUUGUGGUUUUUAAGAUAGUGACUUGUUUUCUGGGAUUUGACGGCGGAUUUAAAAAGCGACCUGCAGACACUUUACGCCCAACCAUUCCGAUAGUUGGUUGAAAAAAAUUCAAUGAGUAAUCUCAAGUUAGGAGUGGAGGUUGUGGGUGCGCACGACCUUAUGCCGAAAGAUGGACAAGGUUCAGCCAGUGCUUUUGUGGAGAUUCAUUUUGAUCAUCAGAAGUUUCGUACUACGACUAAAGAACAAGAUCUAAAUCCUGUGUGGAACGAGAGUUUCUACUUCAACAUCUCCGAUCCAAACAACCUAUCGAACCUUGCUCUUGAAGCUUAUGUAUAUCAGCACAUUAAAGAAAACAACUCAAAGUCUUUCCUUGGCAAGGUUCGCCUCACUGGAACGUCGUUUGUCCCCUAUUCUGAUGCUGUUGUCUUGCAUUACCCUCUGGAAAAACGAGGCAUUUUUUCUCGUGUCAAAGGCGAGCUUGGUUUGAAGGUGUUCUUUACUGAUAAUCCUUCGAUAAGAUCAUCAAACCCGCUUCCAGCAAUGGAAUCUUCUCUGUUUUCAGAUUCGCGUUCAACCCAAGGCCAAGCACAAGAACAGCAGAUGCCAAGCUCAGUCCAAAAAUGGUUAUCCGGUGACAAGGCUGACUCGAGACAUACAUUUCAUCACCUCCCAAAAGCCGGUCAGCAACCCCAGACACAGGUUCAGCAACAGCAACAUGUCCCUGUAGCAGCAGCCCAGGAAGCAAUGAGUUUUGGGGCUAAUGAGAUGAGAUCUGAACCUCAGGGUCCGAGAAUCGUCCGCAUGUUCUCUGAUUCGUCAGCACAACCUACUGAUUAUGCACUUAAAGAGACUAGUCCGUUCCUUGGAGGGGGACAAAUUGUCGGAGGGCGAGUCAUCCGUGGGGACAGGCUUUCCGGUACUUAUGAUCUUGUUGAACAGAUGAAGUAUCUUUUUGUACGGGUCGUAAAGGCUCGUGAUCUUCCGAGCAAGGAUCUUACAGGAAGUCUUGACCCAUAUGUCGAAGUAAGAGUUGGAAACUACAAAGGAACUACGAAACAUUUUGAGAAGAAUCAAAAUCCUGAGUGGAAUCAAGUAUUCGCCUUUGCAAGGGACAGGUUGCAGUCAUCUGUGCUAGAAGUUGUAGUGAAGGAUAAGGAUUUGGUGAAGGAUGACUUUGCCGGAAUUGUAAGGUUUGACAUGAAUGAGAUUCCAACACGGGUUCCGCCUGAUAGUCCACUGGCACCAGAGUGGUAUCGGCUUGAAGACAAGAAAGGGGAGAAAGGUAAAGGGGAGCUGAUGGUUGCUGUCUGGUAUGGUACACAAGCUGAUGAAGCAUUCCCUGAUGCUUGGCACUCGGAUGCUGUUACUCCUAAUGAUAGUUCCUCCACUUUCGCUGCACUUAUACGCUCAAAGGUUUACCAUUCUCCCAGGCUAUGGUAUGUCCGAGUUAAUGUGGUUGAAGCCCAAGACCUUGUUAUUCACGACAAGAAUCGGUUCCCAGAUACUUAUGUUAAGGUACAGAUUGGCAACCAGGUCUUAAAGACAAAGAUGGUUCAGAGCCGGACUAUGAACCCGGUAUGGAAUGAGGAUUUAAUGUUUGUUGCUGCUGAGCCCUUUGAAGAUCAUCUUGUCCUUUCUGUUGAAGAUCGUGUUGGCCCCAAUAAAGACGAGAGCAUUGGUAAGGUGGUUAUACCUUUAAACACAGUUGAGAAGCGUGCUGAUGAUCGCUUUAUUCGUAGCCGGUGGUUCAACCUUGAAAAAAAUAUUUCAGCUGCCAUGGAUGAACAUCAGGCUAAGAAAGAUAAGUUUUCUAGUAGACUCCAUCUUCGAGUUGUACUUGAUGGUGGGUAUCAUGUAUUGGAUGAGUCGACUCACUACAGUAGUGAUCUUCGACCAACAGCAAAGCAGCUGUGGAAGCCAUCUAUAGGUGUUUUGGAGCUUGGAAUUCUGAAUGCUGACGGGCUUCACCCGAUGAAAACAAGGGACGGGAAGGGUACUUCUGAUACAUAUUGCGUGGCAAAGUUUGGCCAAAAAUGGAUUCGUACUCGAACCAUAAUCAACAGUCUUAGCCCGAGAUACAACGAACAGUAUACUUGGGAGGUGUAUGAUCCUGCCACAGUUCUAACGGUGGGAGUUUUUGAUCAUAGUCAUAUUGGUGGUUCAAAUGGUAAUAAUAAGGAUGUAAAAGUUGGCAAGGUUCGGAUACGACUUUCUACUCUUGAAACUGGUCGUGUUUAUACACACUCAUACCCGUUGUUAGUGCUUCAUCCUUCCGGUGUCAAGAAAAUGGGAGAGUUACAUUUGGCAAUUAGAUUUUCGAACAUAUCAAUGGCAAACAUGAUGUAUCAGUACACACGGCCCCUUUUGCCGAAGAUGCAUUAUGUAAGGCCAUUGUCUGUGAUGCAGCAGGACAUGUUGCGUCACCAAGCUGUCAACAUAGUGGCAGCUAGGCUUGGUCGCUCAGAACCUCCUCUCCGGAAAGAAGUUGUCGAAUACAUGUCUGAUGCGGACUCUCAUCUCUGGAGCAUGAGGCGCAGUAAGGCAAACUUUGCUAGGCUGAUGUCAGUUUUUUCCGGAUUAUUUUCCAUUGGAAAAUGGUUCGGUGAAGUCUGCACUUGGAAAAACCCCAUCACGACUGUGCUAGUACACCUCCUCUUCGUGAUGCUCGUGUGCUUUCCGGAACUGAUUCUACCAACCGUGUUUCUAUACAUGUUCCUUAUCGGUCUCUGGAAUUAUCGUUUCCGACCAAGAUAUCCUCCACACAUGAACACAAGAAUUUCUUGUGCAGAUACCGUUCACCCUGAUGAGCUCGAUGAAGAGUUUGAUACAUUUCCAACAACGCGUAGCCCUGAGAUGGUCCGUAUGAGGUACGAUAGGCUACGUAGCGUGGCUGGGAGGAUCCAGACUGUGGUAGGCGAUGUAGCCACCCAAGGAGAGAGGCUACAGUCUCUAUUAAGUUGGCGUGAUCCUCGCGCCACAACUAUAUUUCUGACUUUAUGUUUUAUAACUGCUGUGGUGUUGUAUGCGACACCAUUUCAGGUUCUUGCUCUUGUUGCUGGUAUUUACUCUAUGAGGCAUCCUAGAUUCAGGCAUAAGACGCCAUCAGCUCCGAUGAAUUUCUUCCGUCGUCUUCCAGCCAGGACAGAUAGUAUGCUGUAAAUUCUUAAACUUGAGUUUUCAUCUGUGUGUCUGAUCUGGGUUUUGUUUGGUAAAAAUGCUUGUAGAGCUUCAUUUGCAGUCUUCUGCAUAUUCUGUUUUGUGUUUUUAUUAAUGGAAAAUGAAUGAAAUGUAUACAUACUGGUAAUUUAAGAAGUCAAUUAUUGUAAA